CGUGAUUUUCGGUUUGGAGCGCGGAGUCGGAUGGCCGCGAGCGAGUGAGGAGGUUGACGGUGCGUGAGUCUCUGGUUCGUGCGAUGCGUGAGCGUUAGUUGGUGACGCGUCGCGCGUCCCGAUCACCUGUCGUUGCGUACAUUGUGCGACACGAACAAAGACGACAACAACGACAAAGUGCUACGCAAAUUCCAAUCGAGUGAGUCCCAAGGAACGGAUAACGCGCGUGCGUAACCGAGCCAGCUUCCGAGAUGUGGAGCCCGACACACGUUCAAGUGACAGUUCAGAGGGCCAAGGACUUAUUGACCAAAGGAAAACACAAGACCAACGACUGCUUCGUAACAAUCGCCCUCGGUAAGGAAAAGUACCAGACGUCAGUGAAGGAGAAGGCUACCAAGGACGUGGAAUGGCACGAGGAAUGCGAGCUACUCAUACCAGCGCAAGGAAAUACCGCCGAGAUCGUCCUCACUGCCCUGCAUCGCAAUUUCCUGGGUGUCGACGAGUUCCUCGGCACCGUCAGCGUACCGCUUUCGAGCUUCGACGUAUACGAGAGGCCCAAGAACAGAUGGUACACCCUUAAUAGCAAACCAGGCAAAGAGAACACGAAGGAAAGAGGCGAGCUCGAGGUGAAGAUCGGCUUUAUUGUGAAAGCUGGAAGUCUAACUGAUCUAAGCAAAAAGGAACGUCACAAAAGUUCCUUAGGUCAGUUGUCUACAGCUGCACAAUCAAUCGGCGGUAGUUUGCUCAGUAUCGGUAGUCUCGAAAAACGUAAAGGACUCAAGAAACUGGCCAAGUCGAUUGGAAACAAAGUCAAAGGAAAAAGCAAAAAUCGACUCGAUGAAAACAAUUUAGAUGAGAAGGAAGAGCACCAGUUCAGAAUCACACGUCAGGAACCGGGUGAAGCUGAUCCUGGUGUCAUUAGCGAAGACGAGGACGAAUUUACGUUUGACGAUCUAUCUCAUAAGAGUUCGGCCUCGUCAUUGAAUGCACCUACAUCGGGCUCGAAUAAUGGCAACAAUGGAAUUCCAAAUGGUUCGCAGAGCAAUGUUUCCAGUGAGUUGCAUGUUCCACCGGCGCCAAUUAACGCCGCGCCAAACAAACCUCCACGAUUUGCUAUGAGCGCGUCUACUACGAAUCUGUCAAAGGUCGACAAUUUAACAAAAGACGACGAGUGGGGCUUGAAGCUUUAUGGCAAGCAGGCAAGCAGCGUACCUAAAAGAUGGGAAACCAAACCUAAGAUUGUAGUAGACGAAUCGCAGGAUAACAAACGCGAUGCGUCGCCCAUUCGUUCGUCAUCACCGGUCGCAUUGCGAUUAAGAGAUCCUCCAGAACCGUUAAGUCCGGCACCAAGAGAGAUCCUUCAUCCAAAGAAUAAAGACGAGAAGUUCAUCAGCAGAGAAAAACUCGUCGCGAGCAGAGAGAAGCUCACUGCGAGCAAGGAGAAGCUUACAAAGGAGGACAAGCUAAAAGACAAAAAAGACGACAAACAUGGUCCGCGUAGUCCCAAUGAAGAGAAACAUGUAAAGAAAGAUAAGAAAAAAGACAAAGAGAAUAAGUUUAAUGCUAAUGACGAGAAUCAUCAUCUGUCUUCCGAAAGAAUUAUCAUCGGCGGCGAGGAUGCGGUUAAGAAUGCCGCAAAUUCUAAGAGUCGCCUACCACAUGAGGUUCUUAAUCAGUUCGAAGGAAAAUCAAGAGAAGAUAUAAUAGAACUGGCAUUACAAUUGCAAGGACAAAUCACGGAGAAGAACAAGAGACUCACCGAUCUAGAGGAUUAUAUCGAUGCGCUGCUAUUACGCGUAAUCGAAUGUUCGCCGCGAUUACUUCAAAAUCCUUAUCAGAGGCGACUAUCAUCCCCUGGGAAUCAAUAAAUCAUUAAUCCUUGAUGAUAAAGCUUUUCUGUUUUCAUUUUGGGAUUUUG